AAGUUCCAUAUACUUGUACCUCAUAAUACAAACUCUACACCACCCAAAAAUUUCUGGUCAUUUUCUCCUGUGUUUGUUCUCUCUCAUUUCAUGGCUUCAUCCAUUGCAGUGACCACCUCGCCCUCCUGUUCUUCAACCAUCUAUUCUUCGCAUUACUCUUCUCAUUCCCAGUAUGCUUUGAGUCAAUCAUGGAAGCAGGGAACAAUCAGGUUUUGUAAAAUGAUUAAGCAACUCCCUUCUCCAUUGUUCAACCAAAGGAGAAAUUUGGUCUGUGCAGUCAGUCAAGGUGGUGCUGAGGAAGCUUUCAAGAAGACUGUUGAAGUCGAUAGGCUGAUCGAUACGUUAAGGGAAGCUAAUCCGAAAGAGCUACCACAGCUCGUGGCUGAAAAUGUUCUGGCUUUCAAUGAGGGUUUCUGGAUUCGGCUAGCUGCCAGAACUGAUACCUGCAAAUCAGAGGAUGAUAAAAAAGAUUAUGAAGAAUUGGCAGCAACGUUAAUGAGUACAGUAGACCGUCUUGUUCACAAAACCAAUGAAAAAAUUGAGUCAGCUACUGAUGUUUUAAAAUCGAUUCUCAAACAUGUGGUGGAUGAAGAUCAAGAGCUUACUUGGCCACCAAGAGACCCCGAAGCUCUCAGUCUGAUGGAACAGGAGUUAAAUCAAAGAGAACAAGAAGGAUAUCUUGAUGAAGGAUUCCUUUCAGAAGUCAAUGCACAACUGCGGCAAGCAAAAGAAGACGGGGACAAGCCAGGACUUGUGGCUAUGCUGCAAAAAGUUUUACAGCUUUAUGCCUCCAGAAUUCUUUCAAAACGUAGUUAUGCUAAAAAAGGUAAUGAAAUCCUGAAGACGGAGCAAUUCCUUGAGACUAUUAUUAAAGCUCCUGAAAGUGAAUGGAACAUGCUGCUGCUUAAUGGUUUAACAAUUGCAAAAGGACAUAUUUCUCCAGAGGAAUUUUAUGCUGUGCUUAAUAAACGAAGAGAACGAGUUUUGAUUCGAACAGAAGGAGGAUCUUACCAGCAGCGUAUUCUUACCGAGUACCUUAAAGGCAUACAGUCAAGAGCUGAGGAAGUUAUUCAGGCCUUACAAGGAAACCAACAAUGAGGUCUCGAAGAUCAUUUGAGAGUUGAGACAGUUAAGGUAGUUACCGGCUUAUUACAGGACAUUAAAGAAAAUGAAGAAUUUUCAAGCCACGCUUACGAAUUCAGCCUUUCUCCAAUACAGUUCUCCUUGCUACAGAAAUCAUCUUUUGAUGAAACCACCUUGACUCUGUUGAAAAUUCAGGAACAACUCAACAUAAAGUUUGCUGCAAAACUUCCCCUUCCUGUUCAUAGAUACUAGAUUCCCCAUUUUUGGUUGUUGUUGCUUUCUUUGGAAGUUCUUCGAUUAGAUUUUCAUGUUAUUCCCCUCGGAGUCACUCCUGCUUGACAUGAAAA